UACAAUAUUAUCAAUUACUGAAACGAAUGCACGAGUAACUGUACUAACUCUUCAAUCGUUCGUUCGCAAUUUCGGACGCGAAAACUCGCUGAACAACAAUGCCAACGGAAUACAGACAUUCAGUUUUUCUGGAUUUGGCACAGGAAGAAAUCAAACUACUUCAGCUCCACCGACUACUGCUAACCCAUUCUUACAGCUUCUUGAACUUUAUCUCAGGGGUUUCUCUCAA